CUGGCAACACUGGUUCAUACUUCAUAACCAAAAAAUAACUUACAAAACAGACAAGAAUAUAUUUUAAAUGAGAGGGUGCGACAAGACUUGUGGAAUUCUAUAAAAAAUAUUUCACUCAACUUAUUAACAUUCAUUUUUCAUAUGAAGUGUUUAUAUAUGGAUGUAGAGGUACUAACAUAAAUAUUACAUGUUCUCUUAAUCAUUCAUUAUUUCAAGUAUCUAAUAUUUGUUCAUGCUUCCGUAAAAAGCUCAAAAUGAAAUUAAUCACUCAUAACAUGCUUACCUCAAAAUGCCUUAAAGGCGUAGUUACAGGUUAUCCUUUAGCAAUCAAUGCUACAAACAUUAAUAUAACAGAAGUUGAUUACAACCCUGAAUUUAUUACUCGAAUAAUACCAAAAUUGGACUGGGAAGUAUUGUGGAGGGCUGCUGAUAGUAUUGGUCACAGUGAUGGACUUCCACAGACAAUUGAACCAAAGUUUGAAGAAAACAAUGAGUUUUUAAAGAAGGCACAUAGAGUGUUACUAGAAGUAGACAUUGAAGAGGGAAAUUUAGUUUGUCCAGAAUCGGGUAGGCGCUUUCCCAUAUCUAAAGGCAUACCAAAUAUGUUAUUAACAGAAGCAGAAGUUCAAUAAAUGUCGAUGAAAUAA